GGUAACGAUAUCACUCAGUCGUAAGCGCCGCUCCAGUGACGAACUAACACUGAAAUAUAAUUAACACGCAACUAAUUAAUUUAAAUUGUUAUAUCAAAACGUUGAGUGUAAACUUUUGAAGUAUAAGGACAAAUUUUUGGCGGCAGAACCACGGGUGUUUGCCAAACAUCCACCCUCGCGCCCUGCUCAACGUAAACACAGCGGCGUAACACAUAUCGGGUGACGUCACGUGACGUAUGGCAGAUAGGAGCUACGCUUACGACCCGGUUAAUACCGGCGUGCCAGUCAACCAGCAAUCGUAUAGAAUGGAGGCGGGACAACUGUGGCGGCAAUUUGUCAUCGCCGGAAUCGGCAACAUCGCGAUAGCCUCUACAGGCUAUUGCAUGGGAUGGACGUCCCCGGUGAACCUGAAGCUGCACCAGAACACGACGGAGAACCCCCUGGGAGAGCCCAUCACCCAGGAUCAGGAGGCAUGGAUCGGAUCACUGCUCACAGUCGGAGCGAUCUUCGGUCCCUUCUUGGGCGGUUUCGCGGCAUCCAAGAUCGGUCGCAAAUGGGGUCUCCUGAGCACAGCCAUCCCUCUGUUCAUCGGUUGGAUCAUGAUGGCGGCUGCUUCGAGCGUCGGCAUGAUCUAUGGAGGUCGUAUCUUCUGGGGUUUGGCUGUCGGCAUGUUGUUCACAAUCUCCCCAAUGUACUGCGCUGAAAUUUCUACGAACGAAGCCCGAGGAGCCCUGGGUUCCUUCCUGCAGCUGUUCAUCACUCUCGGUUACCUGCUGGUGUACGGCAUCGGGCCCUUCGUGUCCUACGGUGUCAUCGCCUACGUCGGUAUCGCCUUCACCGCAGUCUUCUGUGUCACAUUCUUCUUCAUGCCCGAAUCGCCUUUCUAUUAUUUGGGCAGAGAUGACAAGGAGUCUGCAGCAGCUUGCCUGGCGACCAUCCGCGGUCGCUCCCGCGCAGGUGUCAUGGCUGAGAUCGACCAGAUGGCAGCCGAUGUCGCAGCUUCCAUGGAGAAAACUGCUACGAUUGCCGAUGUGUUCCGCGGCAGCAACUUCAAGGCGUUCUACAUCUCGUGCGCGCUGGUCUUCUUCCAACAGUUCAGUGGCAUCAACGCUGUGCUCUUCUACAUGACCAACAUCUUCGAGGCAGCUGGCUCAGCCCUCGACUCUGCCAUUGCCACCAUCAUCAUUGGUGUUGUCCAGGUGGUCGCUUCCUGCAUCACUCCAUUCGUCGUUGACAGGCUGGGACGCAGGCUGCUCCUGCUUAUCUCAGCGUUCGGUACUGCCGUUGGUCUUGGCCUGUUGGGCAUGUACUUCAUCCUGGCCAGCCAGCACAGCCCCGUGGUGGAGAAGAUCAGCUUCCUGCCCGUCCUGUCCCUGAUCCUGUUCAUCGUGACCUACUGCUGGGGUCUGGGUCCUCUGCCCUGGGCCGUCAUGUCCGAGCUGCUGCCCAUUGAGGUCAAGGCCAUCGCCUCGCCUAUUGCGACCGCCUUCUGUUGGGUCCUGUCUUUCUUGAUCACCAGGUACUUCAGUACCAUCGCGGAGGCACUGGGCAUGGGACCGACUUUCUUCAUCUUCGGUGGAUGUUGUGUGGUCGCCUUCUUCUUCACGCUGUUCCUGGUCCCCGAGACCAAGGGCAAGAGCUUCCAGGAGAUCCAAGACAUGCUGGCUGGCAAGUCUUCCAAGCCCGAGAAAGCCUAAAUAAAAUUACUCUUAUUCGGAAUUUUUAAUGUGCCGUCAAUGUCAUAUGACUAUAAUCAUUAAAUAUUAGUAUUAUUGAUCAAGGGCUUAGCUUGGGAUAAAUGCGGUAGAAAUUUUCAAUUAUCAAAUGAAUCUACUUUAAAUAUCUUAUCUACUUACAAGAAGAUGUCGUUUCUUAAAAUUAAUGAAUAGAGAAAAUCCUUUUUGGUCGUGUUUGUUUUUUUGCAAUUCUGGGUUGUCUUGAACAGCUUCUUAAAAAAUAUACUUUAAAUAAU